CAGUUUCCAGCCGCCGCCGCCGCCGCCGCCGAAAAAGCAGCCGCAGCAGCAGCAGCAGCCGCCGUGCGGCCGGGGUGGAGCGAGCGAGCGAGGCGAGAGAGCGCUGCGCCCUGGCGCGCUGUGCGUGAGUCUGUGGCGAGCUUGCAGCGGGCCCGCUCAGCUCCAUGCGAAAGGAUUGCGAGGGGGAAAGAGGAGGAGGAGGAAGGAGAAGAGGAGGCGGCGGCAGCAGCAGCAACAGCAGCCAUGGCGGGGCUCCACUGAAGGCAGAAGCAGCAGCAGCAGCAGGCGGCGAGGGAGGAGGGGGAAAAUCUCUGCGUUCCCUCCACCCCAUCCCUGCCUGAGCUGAGCUGAGCUGGGCUCUGCGUGGAUUCCUCGCUUUGUGCCCCGCUGAGACCGCCGGAGAGGACCCGAGGCCCCCGACGCCGCCACCCCAGCGCGCGGGGGGGAGGGUUGGGUGCUUUUGUUUUUAAUUUGCCGCCCUCCCUUUCCAUUCCGCCGCCCCCCCGGCACGUCUUCCUCCUCCUCCUCCUCCUCUUCGAUUGCGUGUUGUGUGUGUGUCUCUCUCUGCCGGUGUGUAUUGCAAACAAAGAGCCAGACCCACAUCCGCGCAGCAGCGCAAGGGAGAGAAAGGAGGAGAGAAGCCACAGCCAAGAGCGAGAGGAGAGGAAGAGAGGAGAUCUCCUUGGAUCGAGUAUGGCGGAUCGCAGCCUGGAGAGCCUCCCUCUGCCGCUGGAAGUGAGAGCCCGCUUGGCUGAGCUGGAGCUGGAAUUAUCGGAAGGUGACAUCACACAAAAGGGCUAUGAAAAGAAGAGAUCAAAAUUAAUUGGGGCCUACUUGCCACAACCUCCGGCGGCGAAUGGAGCUGCUGCGGUUCGGUGUAGACUGCAGCACAAUGAAGGGGCCACGAGAAGGACGCACCGCACUAGCAACAUUGGGGUCUGUGACAUCCGGGAAGCAGCAGCUAGAGAGCGCACGGCCCCCCACAGCACAGCGGCAAACCGGCCUCUCUUUUACUUUCGCUUUGGAGUGGAUCAGGCACUGCCACAAGAACGCCGAACUCCCGUUACCCCUUCCUCCUCCUCUCGAUACCACCGACGCAGGUCCUCAGGGUCACGUGAUGAGCGCUAUCGGUCAGAUGUUCAUACAGAAGCAGUCCAGGCAGCUCUUGCAAAACAUAAAGAAAGGAAGAUGGCAGUGCCUAUGCCAUCCAAGCGACGUUCAUUGGUGGUGCAAACAUCGAUGGACGCCUACACACCUCCAGAUACCUCAUCUGGUUCAGAAGACGAAGGCUCUGUACAGGGCGAUUCGCAGGGAACUCCAACGUCAAGCCAAGGGAGUAUAAAUAUGGAACACUGGAUCAGCCAAGCCAUCCAUGGCUCUACCACAUCUACAACAUCUUCAUCUUCAACGCAAAGUGGCGGCAGCGGUGCUGCACAUAGGCUAGCUGAUGUAAUGGCGCAAACGCAUAUAGAAAACCAUUCCGCACCUCCAGAUGUUACCACUUACACCUCAGAACACUCAAUACAAGUAGAAAGACCACAAGGUUCAACAUCGAGGGUGGCACCAAAAUAUGGAAAUGCUGAACUUAUGGAAACUGGCGAUGGAGUUCCAGUAAGCAGCAGAGUGUCGGCAAAAAUUCAGCAGUUGGUCAACACCUUAAAACGACCCAAACGGCCCCCAUUACGAGAGUUCUUUGUAGAUGACUUUGAAGAAUUAUUAGAAGUUCAACAGCCAGACCCAAACCAACCAAAGCCAGAGGGAGCGCAGAUGUUGGCGAUGCGUGGAGAACAGCUGGGCGUGGUUACGAAUUGGCCUCCAUCUCUUGAAGCAGCAUUGCAACGAUGGGGAACCAUUUCCCCGAAAGCUCCUUGUCUAACCACUAUGGACACCAAUGGAAAACCACUAUAUAUUCUCACUUACGGCAAACUUUGGACCCGUAGUAUGAAAGUCGCAUACAACAUACUACAUAAGUUGGGCACGAAGCAAGAACCAAUGGUGCGGCCAGGAGACAGGGUAGCACUAGUAUUUCCCAAUAAUGACCCUGCUGCUUUUAUGGUAGCAUUUUAUGGCUGCCUGCUUGCAGAAGUUGUCCCUGUACCUAUUGAAGUGCCACUUACCAGAAAGGGGACUCCUCCUUCUGUCUGGAUUUUCAUAGAAGCCAAACCAAAUGAGAGCUCAUUUCUGAAGACUUUUCUUGCAAAAGACGCAGGAAGCCAGCAGAUAGGCUUCUUGCUCGGAAGCUGUGGUGUGACGGUGGCCUUGACAAGUGACGCCUGCCAUAAAGGACUGCCUAAGAGCCCCACAGGGGAAAUACCACAAUUUAAAGGCUGGCCAAAGCUGCUAUGGUUUGUCACAGAAUCAAAACACCUAUCGAAACCUCCUCGAGACUGGUUCCCACAUAUCAAAGAUGCAAACAAUGACACAGCUUACAUUGAGUACAAAACAUGCAAAGAUGGAAGUGUUCUUGGGGUUACUGUGACGAGAAUUGCACUUCUGACCCAUUGCCAAGCUCUUACACAGGCAUGUGGAUACACGGAAGCCGAAACCAUUGUGAACGUAUUAGAUUUCAAGAAAGAUGUAGGAUUAUGGCAUGGGAUUCUUACGAGUGUUAUGAACAUGAUGCAUGUUAUAAGCAUCCCCUAUUCCUUAAUGAAAGUGAACCCACUUUCGUGGAUACAGAAGGUCUGCCAGUACAAAGCGAAAGUUGCCUGUGUGAAAUCCAGGGAUAUGCACUGGGCAUUAGUAGCGCAUAGAGAUCAACGAGAUAUCAACCUCUCCUCCCUCCGUAUGCUAAUAGUUGCUGAUGGCGCCAAUCCAUGGUCUAUUUCCUCUUGUGAUGCAUUUCUUAAUGUCUUCCAAAGCAAAGGCCUCAGACAAGAAGUCAUUUGCCCUUGUGCUAGUUCGCCAGAGGCUCUCACAGUGGCUAUUAGAAGGCCAACAGAUGAUAGCAAUCAGCCACCAGGCAGAGGGGUCCUGUCCAUGCACGGUCUUACCUAUGGAGUCAUCAGAGUGGAUUCUGAAGAAAAGCUUUCUGUUUUAACAGUGCAAGAUGUUGGCUUGGUGAUGCCAGGAGCCAUAAUGUGUGCCGUGAAGCCUGAUGGAGUUCCUCAACUCUGUCGGACAGAUGAAGUAGGGGAACUCUGCGUAUGUGCUAUUGCAACAGGUACAUCUUAUUAUGGACUCUCUGGAAUGACCAAAAACACAUUUGAGGUGUUCCCUAUGACCAGUUCAGGUGCCCCAAUCAGCGAAUACCCUUUCAUAAGAACUGGGCUGCUGGGAUUUAUUGGCCCAGGUGGGCUUGUCUUCGUUGUUGGCAAAAUGGAUGGGCUGAUGGUCGUCAGCGGACGGAGGCACAAUGCAGACGACAUUGUAGCCACGGCGCUCGCGGUGGAACCAAUGAAGUUUGUCUACAGGGGAAGAAUAGCAGUGUUUUCAGUGAGCGUUCUUCACGACGAGAGGAUAGUUAUCGUUGCUGAGCAAAGGCCGGACUCUACAGAGGAAGACAGCUUUCAGUGGAUGAGCAGAGUGCUACAGGCUAUAGACAGUAUUCAUCAAGUGGGAGUUUACUGCCUAGCCCUGGUACCAGCAAACACACUCCCAAAGACUCCUCUAGGUGGAAUCCACUUAUCUGAAACUAAGCAGCUUUUCCUCGAAGGAGCACUGCAUCCCUGUAAUGUGUUGAUGUGUCCACACACCUGUGUAACAAACCUGCCUAAACCAAGACAAAAACAGCCAGAAAUUGGCCCUGCCUCUGUGAUGGUGGGGAAUCUCGUCUCUGGAAAAAGAAUUGCUCAGGCAAGCGGCAGAGAUUUGGGUCAAAUAGAAGAUAACGAUCAAGCCCGAAAGUUCCUGUUUCUCUCAGAAGUCUUACAAUGGAGGGCGCAAACAACUCCUGACCACGUGCUUUACACACUGCUAAAUUGUAGGGGGACAAUAGCAAACUCUCUAACAUGUGUCCAGCUACAUAAACGGGCUGAAAAGAUAGCCGUUAUGUUGAUGGAAAGGGGACACUUACAAGAUGGCGACCAUGUUGCUUUGGUCUACCCACCAGGUAUAGAUCUGAUUGCUGCAUUUUAUGGGUGUUUGUACGCAGGCUGUGUGCCAAUAACAGUUCGACCUCCCCACCCCCAGAACAUUGCAACAACAUUGCCUACGGUCAAGAUGAUUGUGGAGGUGAGUCGCUCUGCCUGCUUAAUGACAACACAAUUAAUAUGUAAAUUGUUGCGGUCACGAGAGGCAGCAGCAGCGGUGGAUGUCAGAACGUGGCCCCCUAUCUUAGACACGGAUGAUUUGCCAAAGAAGCGGCCUCCUCAGAUCUACAAACCUUCUAACCCCGACAUGCUGGCUUAUCUCGAUUUCAGUGUAUCCACAACUGGAAUGCUAGCAGGGGUGAAGAUGUCUCAUGCAGCCACUAGUGCCUUCUGUCGUUCUAUUAAGCUGCAGUGUGAGCUUUAUCCUUCCAGAGAAGUUGCAAUCUGUUUGGACCCUUACUGUGGACUUGGGUUUGUCCUUUGGUGCCUCUGUAGCGUUUAUUCAGGACACCAGUCUAUUUUGAUUCCUCCCUCAGAAUUGGAGACCACGCCUGCUCUCUGGCUUCUGGCUGUCAGUCAGUACAAAGUGAGAGACACCUUUUGCUCUUAUUCCGUCAUGGAGCUAUGUACCAAGGGUCUUGGUUCGCAAACGGAAUCUCUGAAGGCAAGGGGACUGGACCUCUCAAGAGUGCGGACGUGUGUGGUUGUGGCAGAGGAACGGCCUCGGAUAGCUCUGACGCAGUCCUUUUCAAAGCUUUUCAAAGAUCUGGGCCUCCACCCCAGGGCUGUCAGCACAUCAUUUGGCUGCAGAGUUAACCUGGCUAUAUGUUUGCAGGGGACAUCAGGGCCAGAUCCAACCACUGUGUAUGUGGACAUGAGGGCCCUCAGACAUGACAGAGUGCGUUUAGUAGAAAGAGGAUCCCCUCACAGCUUGCCCCUCAUGGAAUCGGGAAAGAUUCUCCCUGGAGUCCGCAUCAUUAUUGCUAAUCCAGAAACAAAGGGACCCCUGGGAGAUUCUCAUCUUGGAGAGAUAUGGGUUCAUAGUGCUCACAAUGCCAGUGGCUACUUCACUAUCUAUGGUGAUGAAUCCUUGCAGUCAGAUCACUUUAACUCAAGACUUAGUUUUGGAGACACUCAAACUAUCUGGGCACGGACUGGCUACUUGGGAUUUCUGAGAAGAACAGAGCUCACAGAUGCAAGUGGGGAGCGACAUGAUGCACUUUAUGUGGUAGGUGCACUAGAUGAAGCCAUGGAACUGCGAGGAAUGAGGUAUCACCCCAUAGAUAUCGAGACGUCUGUAAUUAGAGCACACAAGAGCAUUACAGAAUGUGCGGUGUUUACCUGGACAAACUUGUUGGUCGUUGUUGUUGAGCUGGAUGGAUCCGAGCAAGAAGCCUUAGACCUGGUUCCUUUGGUCACCAAUGUAGUCCUGGAGGAGCAUUACCUGAUUGUAGGGGUGGUGGUUGUGGUGGACGUUGGUGUAAUUCCUAUCAACUCCCGUGGAGAGAAACAGCGUAUGCACCUACGAGAUGGAUUUUUGGCGGACCAACUAGAUCCCAUCUAUGUGGCCUACAACAUGUAGUCUGGUAUCUAUUAAGGCUUCCAUGGACUGUACUCUAGAUGUAUAAACAAAUUUUUUUGGACGUCCACUAAACGAUGUGCUGACAAGAAUACGGCGCCACUCUUCAGAACGGAACUGUUUCUAUUAGGACUUUUUGACGCGCUCGUUAUUGGCAGGACAUAAAAUGUGAAACGUGUUUCUUUUACCACUACAUUUUAGCACAGAAGGACUUUGGGGUACUGCCUUCAGUUUGUUGGAAAGCCCAUUAUUAGACUUUUUAAAAAAGAUUAUUUUUUGCUUAUUGGGAUGAUACUGCUUUCUGAGUAAUAUGGCUUUGUAUUUUAUGUUAUACUGAAGUAGCUAAUUUUUCUUCUUCUUUUUUUUAAAAUCUGCCCUUCAAGUGGAUAUUUUUAAACAGCUCGUUUUAUGACUGAAUUGUUUUGGUUUGCUUGUUUUUAAAUGUCCAUAAAAACCUUUUCCAAUAUGAAUCCAUUACUAAUUUUAAGCCAUUUUCUAUCCCAUUGUCUUAGGAAACUACAUUGUGGUACGAGGAAAAUACCCAAAACAGCACCUUCUCAAAUUAGAGUUUUAACAGCUUUCUCUUCUAGAAAUGCUGAAAAUGCAAAGGCAAAAAGAGCCUUUGAUUAUUAGUGUUAGAAUGAACAGAAAUUUAUAAAUAAGGUGUAUUUCGGCAAUGAGCUUGCAGAUAUCUUUGUACUAAACUAAAAAGAUAAAAUAAGUUAACUACUUCUGUAAUUAUGUACAAAACCUUUAAUUUAUUUUGAUCUCUUUAGAAGUAUAAAAGAGAAACAUUCAAGAAUAUUAAGCUCUUGUAAUGUUUGCUAAUAUAAAAACAAAGGGGUUGUAUUAUCUUGAGUGGAUAGUAUCACAUCAAAUAUAUAUAUAUGAAAUAUAAAUUCACUAAUGACAAAAAAAGAUUUUAAAGUUUUAAAAGGAUGCAGUACUCAUCACUUGCAUGGUGUCUCUUUUCCCACUGUAGAUAAUCGAACAUUAUUCACAAACUUCGAGGAAAAACCGGUCCUGGAUUGCUAAGUAUCCCUGUCUAAAAAAAACCCCAGAAUCUCCCAGAUACCAGCAAGCGAAACCAUUCUGCUACCUUUAAAGGCAGAGAGUUAAACGUUGAAGGUCGCAAUCCUUUGCCACGCCUGCACAGAGGGCAGGACAUAGAGUGGUUCCCGUAGCCGUGCUGGAAUAAAUUUCUGCACCUUGCUCUCUCUUCCAAGCCUGCUUCUCCGUAAGGCCACUGAAUUGCCACUCUGCUGCCCUUGGCCCCUAAUUUGCUUCCAGCACUCUGUCGCUCACCCUUCCGUAGUCCCUGGCUCUUCUCCAGCCCCCUGUGUGCUCUAGGAGCCUGGAGAAGAGGAGGAGGAGGAGGAGGAGCAAUGCUGGAGAGGGAGGAAGAGCCUCGGCUUCAACCCAGGAAGCCUUGGAAGAGUCCAGCCGGCACGUUGGCAGAGACCAAGACAGGGUUCCCGCAAGAGCCAUUCCACCUCCUGCUCUCUGUGCAUGCAAUGUGGUAGGAUUUGCUGGUGGCCAAAGACUCUUCAACAGUGCACUACGAAGGAUUCUCUUAUUUGCCGCAGAGGUGACAAAUAUCUGUGCAGGCACGUAUGUCCAUACACUUCUUAGACGUUAGAAAAGGCAGGUUUGAAGAAUUAUCACUGUUUUUCUUAGCUGCAUAACAUUGUUGCACAAUAUUGGUCAUUGUCCUUUCUUUUUUAAGUUUGUGGGAGUUUUGUUAAUUUUUUUUUGGUAAGGACGAUUUUCUUCUUGUUUUUGUUUUGUUUUUGGUGGUCAUUUUGCACAAGAGUUAUGCUUUUGUUCAUCUGUUUGCCUUCCUGCUGCCCUCUGUCUAGGUUGGGCGAGGGGAGGGUGGCAAUCCAUCCACUUCACACUUUGUAGAAAGCUGUUGUUUUUCGAUACUCUUUCUCUUAAUAACGCGUUUGUUAUUGGAGAGUAGCUGAAAAGCCGCUCUAAACUAUUUGGCACAGCCUGGUGGAUCUGCUAACAUGUCCUUAUGCCAAACAGAGGAACUGAUACUGGUGUUGCAGGUAAUCCCAUCUCUCGGUUCCAAAGGGAAUCUGCCAAUUGGGGAAGAACAGGAACGCAUGGAUCACAGCUGCCUUUUAUUUUCUUUCUAAUUUCACUGUCUUUGGAUAAAUGGACUUGUCAAUCUCUUAAUUAUUUAAUUGUUUUCCUCCCCCCGUUUUUUUGUUUCUUUCUUCUUCUUCUUUUUGAAGUGCAUAUUUUGGUUUGUUCCAGCGUAGCCUGGCUGACCUGUGUCUGAUUUUUGAGGGUGAACAUUAAACAGCAGCAGUCCAAGAAUGCUUUUUAAAUGGUUUGAAAUAAUGUUAACUUGCUGGCAGAAUAUGCAUGACUAAGACGGAGGCAGGACUGAAGCUACAAGACCUUUAUAUAACAUGUAUAAGGGAUUUUUUUUUGUCUACCUUUGCAGAUUUCAUUUGGUUCUGAAGAGAAGACCCCAAAUUCAUUUUUUUCCCAUUUUUUAUUUUUGCAGGGGUGGGAGGGUCCUUAAAGAUGAGGGAUGGUUUUUAGUCUGCAUGCAGAAUACAGAGCAUCUCACCAUGGCAAAACUUUUUUUUUGGUGUGUGUGUGUUAAUUUUCAGUUGCCCCCCUUUUUUUCUUUUUUUCUUUGCCCUGUGAAUAUUUCUACCCAUGCUCCGAAGACCAACCCUGAAGCAUUCUGUCAAAGUAUGGGGUUUUUUUGUCCCCUAAAAUAAUAUAUAUUUUUUUCUGUUUGAAAUGUCAAGUUGCUGUAAGGUUCAGACAAGCCGUUGACUGAUUAUGAGCAUAAUUACAGUGUAUGAACUAACUUGUGAUGAUGUCCUUGCUAUUGCUGAUCUCAGUGCUGCAAAACACAAAUUUAGCUGUCAUUUUAUUAAAGCAUCACUUCUAACCUUCACCAAGUCAACUUUCCACUCCUGGGGAAGGGGACAAAGGACUCCAAUGCAGUCGUACGACACAGUUAAUAACUGAUCUCUUCUGCAACCUGCCAUCUGUGGUUGUUUAAAUUCUCAAGCUUAGGACAGUAAAUGACGAUGAACUGAAUUCCUAGUUUUGUCGUGCAAGAUAAGGGGAAAGAAACACACGUACCAUCAGAUCCAGCAAUAAAGAAGGAUUGUUCUGUAUUAGAAACUGUACUGUAGAUAAACCAUUCAUGAGAAUGUAUAAAAUGUUUGUCUUGUGACCUUGUGCUUUUGAAGUCAGACAAAAACCAUGUAGUCAACCUGAUGCACAUGCGCACUAAAAUAAAAAAGAAAGGAAGAAAGAGGGUCCACAAUGAACAUUUAAACACGAAAACUAAUCAAACAGGAGCAGAUUCCUCAUGGUGCUUGUUUAUUAUAUAUAUUUAAUCCUGCUUGACACUUUACCCAAGGGAAGACUGUCCCUUUUAUCAGUUGAAUGUUAGCAGCGUUAUUUCAUAGAGUGUGGUGACUGGUUAGAGAAAUUCAUGUAACUCAGCCAAUCACAGUUUCAAACGAAAAUUUUUAUGUGCAAACAAACAGCAACCUUCUUGUAUGUUAAACCACCAGUACGCUUUGUACAUCUGUGAUAACGCCUGUUUUAUAUUCAAAUGAACAAAUAAAAGCUUUUAUUUUUGUUGCUCUGAAAAGAUCAGGUUUUUUUAUAUAUAUAAAGGGGGGGGGGAAGCUGAGGUUUUUAAAGGAGAUUUUCCAGAGCUUUGGGCCCCACCUAACACUUUGGUGAAAGAAAAUGGUUUUAUUUUUUAUUGACUUGGGAUCAUUGCAUAUGCCACAGAAUAGAAAAUACUCAACAUGGAUCUGGAGCUAACUUAAGCCGUAUUCAGGCGCUCUUAUAUAACUCUGUUGAAGCAAUUUGUCCCUCUCUUUGGCAUCUCCAAUUCUGACCUUCCUGCAGUGAUCAAGGAGGUAUAACACAAAGCCUCCUCUCGAUCCAGGACUGUGUUAAUGUGUAGAACAGGUGUAAACGCUUAGAAUCUGGUUUCAGACACAUUCCCAUCCAACACAGGGGUUAAAUGGACAUGGACAUGGGAUGUUGGGAAUGGGGGCCAGCAUGUGCCCCCCCCCAGCUCCCCAUACCAAUUGUUUCACCAGAGGGGAGAAGCAAGGAAAAUUGGGGAGUGAGUUGGCUAGCACUCAGAGAGAGAGAAAAUUGCCUUCCGUGAAACUUAUGUUUUGACUUCUGUGAAAUUGGUGUUCUGUUGAGUGUAGAAAACUCUGGGUUUAAAGGAGUGUGUUUUGGGGCUCAGACCUCACCUCUGACUUAUGCUUGGUUUAUUGGGCCUAGUUAUUUGUGCCUCAGACUGACCAAUUUGCCUCCUGCGCAAUGGGUGUUUUGUGACUGGCCGCAGCCACAAAGGCAGCCAUUUUGUGAAUGGGUUUCUCCCCUUAUGGCAGCCAUUUUUUGAUGGCACCCACAAGCGUUCUCAAAAUGUGCCUCUCAGUUCUAAAGAGAAAGGGAUCUUUGCUGAAGAAGCAACAUUCCUUGGUGGUUAUCCAUUGCAAAUAAAAAUCAGCAGUGAUGAGUGCUCUUAGUAAUGUUGGGGGAUAACUUGAAAAUGAUUGGUAUAUCAUAUUUUGGCUGGAAUGCAGUAAUAUUUAAUAUGUGUUAGUUGGCUGAUAUGUAAUGGAAUCUUAAAAAUUCUGAUACUAUUUGAUUGAUAACAUGCAAUUGUAUCAGGCAGCAUUCGCUCAAGAACAUGCAGUGGUAAUAUUUUGGCUGUCGACAGCUUAUGAAAGACCGCUCAAAAUGAAACUAAUGUGAAGUCAGAAAUUCCAAAGCAUAUGGAUUUGGAGGUAAGACUACUUUACAUCUUCUUUUCAUAUAAAAAAAACAUAUCCUCAUUUAUAAUCUUAAAUUUUUUGGAAGGAAUGUGUGGGGCACAAAUUGAGAGGAUCAUUAACUGCUACAGAAACGACAGCAACAGAAAUAUCCAAGAAGAAGAAAAAUAUGGCAGCAUGAUCAAUAGUCCCAAGGAAAUGGAGGGAAUUUCAUUGGGUGUAGCUUGGUAUACAAAUGUAGUUUAGCUCCUUCACAAGUAUUAAAGGUGCAGGAGUCCCUACCUCUUUUUGUAUCUCACCACCCUACAAAGGCAGUAAUCUAAAUUUCAUUAUACCAUGGCCCUGGCGCAGCUUUAAUUGUUGUUUAGUCAUUUAGUCGUGUCUGACUCUUCGUGACCCCAUGGACCAUAGCAUGCCAGACACUCCUGUCUUCCACUGCCUCCCGCAGUUUGGUCAAACUCAUGUUGGUAGCUUCAAGAACACUGUCCAACCAUCUCGUCCUCUGAUGUCCCCUUCUCCUAGUGCCUUCAAUCUUUCCCAACAUCAGGGUCUUUUCCAAGGAUUCUUCUCUUCUCAUGAGGUGGCCAAAGUAUUGGAGCCUCAGCUUCAGGAUCUGUCCUUCCAGUGAGUACUCAGGGCUGAUUUCCUUCAGAAUGGAUAGGUUUGAUCUUCUAGCAGUCCAUGGGACUCUCAAGAGCUUUAAUUCGGCAUAAGUUAAUUAGCGUUAUUUAAUAGUUGUACAAGAAUAUAGAUAGGGGUGGGCACGUUAGAUUGUGUAUCCAAUUCAAAGCAAUGUAGUACAGAUUGACUGUGAUGUCGUUUGGAUGCACAUCCAAUUCAAACCAUUCAGACCGGUACUGAAUCCAGCAAGUAUCAGCCAGGGCAGAUGUUACAUUAAAAAGGAUCUUCCAUUUAUUUUGCAUUUGCAAUGGAAGUGGGUAAACAGGGAAGAACAUUACAUUUCUCCCAGAGAGUACUUGAAAUAUACUCUCAAGGCUUAGCUGGAAGCAACAGAUGUCUGAACUAGCUCUGCUAAGGGCAGCGCCGGCCCACCCAUGAGGCAACUGCCUCGGGUGGCGGCAUCCACAGGGGCAGCGGAUCCGUCCUCCAAGGAAUGAAUUGGCCCCUGCUGCUGCCACUGCAUGCAUGCUCCUCAGAGGCAGGAUCUGCCUCCUCGGCACCCCACCAUGCUGUCCCUACAGUGGCCUCUCAGCAAAUAGGAAGGGCAGCUAGUCUCCUCCCACCCUAGCGGGUAAAUUGUGGGGGCUGCCCUGUGGGGUCUCCUGGGCUCUGCACCUGACCAGUGUGGUUCAGAACAGGCCCCUUCCCUUCCACCUGCAACAGCUUUUGAUUUCACCCAUCAGGUAAGGUUGAUUUGACCCCCCCCCUCUUGUUUCUUCCAUCUUCCAAGGUGGGGAGCAAUUUUGUGGUUCUCAGGUGCCAAAAUGUCUUGGGCUGGCCCUGGUGUAUGUUUUCCUAGCUGUUUCCUUGUGCUUUAAAUAUGCCAAAGGACAUGGCAUUUGUAUCUGGGAUUUGUAUAUCAUACGGCCUCCAUUCCCCCUUUAUUGCAAGGGCACCUCUAUGCUGACCCAAGGCGAUAUGCAACUCUGGUGUGGAGUCUCUCCACCAAGUUGGUAGAGACCACACAACAGCUGUUAGCUGCCCGCAUGUGGUGCUCCUACCUCAAGCCUUGUUUUUGACAGUUUCCAGAGGGACACAUAAAUUAGAAUUGGCCCUGAACAGAGAGAAUAGUUUCAUUUAAGCCAAGGACCACGUGAUGGUCAGCUUAGCAAACACGAGAUUGCCCUCCAGUGGUCGCAAGCAUCCACUGCAUCCUUCGUCCGCACCUGUAAGAUUGGUGACCAGAUACAAUUUUGUGAAUAAGGUGCAGCACGAUGAACUUAAGGCUGCUAUGAACUGCAAUAAAGAAAUACAGGAAAGAGGGACAU